AAUUAUAAAUAAUUAAAGGGACACGAGCUUUAUCAUUUGGCCCUUCCUCUUCUUCUGUUAACUUGUGGAGCUUGUUGUUAGCCAUGGCGAGCGAACCCAAUGGCAGCUGCAACAAGGGUUUUGCUGACAGCUAUAUGUUGCUGAACCCAAACGACGCUCGUUUCUUCGAUCUUCUUCAUGUGCUGUAUUCCCGAAACUUAGGAAACCGAAAAUUUGUGGACAGCAACGCCGAGGGAGAUUACGAGGGAAGCUUCCGCCACAGAUGGCUUAUCUUCGUCUCCGUCGUGCUGCAGAAGUUUCUCUUGCUCGUCGCGAAGCCACUUUCGUUAUUCGGCUCUUUCAUGGAGUUCCUCAUCAACCUCGUUUACCUCAACGGCGGUUUCAUCAUGAUUGUCGUGAACUUCCUCACAGGUCACUUGGUCGUCCCAGAUCGUAAUGCACCAAAUUAUUUGUCUUGUAUCGGAAAUUUGGAUGCACGAGUAAAGUUGGAUGCUAUCAAGCGUGAUGACUGUAGGUACUAUGUUUCAUUAGCUAUGAUGGCUUCAAAGGCUUCCUACGAGAAUGCAGCUUAUCUUAGAGCUCUAGUCAAAACUCAAUGGAAGAUGGAAUUCGUGGGCUUUUUUGACUGUUGGAAUGAUUUUCAAGGAAAGGCCACAACCCAAGUGUUGAUUCUUUUAGACAAGCACGAGGAGCGCGAUACUUACGUUGUGGCUUUCCGAGGAACGGAACCCUUUGAUGCAGAUGCAUGGUGCACCGACCUUGACAUCUCGUGGUAUGGGAUUCCCGGCGUCGGAAAAAUGCACGGCGGCUUUAUGAAAGCUUUAGGGUUACAGAAAAACGUGGGGUGGCCAAAGGAGAUCCAAAGGGACGAAAAUCUUCCCCCAUUGGCUUACUAUGUUAUCAGAGACAUUUUAAGGAAAGGUUUGAGUGAAAAUCCCAACGCAAAGUUCAUUAUUACGGGUCACAGUUUGGGAGGAGCACUCGCAAUUCUGUACCCUACGAUCAUGUUCUUACAUAAUGAGAAGUUGCUGAUAGAGAGGUUGGAAGGGAUCUACACGUUUGGGCAACCUAGAGUUGGAGACGGAGCAUAUGCAGACUUCAUGAGACAAAAAUUGAGGGAGAAUUCUAUUAGGUAUUGCAGGUUUGUUUAUUGCAACGACAUAGUUCCGAGGUUGCCCUACGAUGAUAAGGAUUUGCUGUUCAAGCACUUUGGGGUCUGCCUUUUCUUUAACAGGCGAUAUGAACUCAGAAUUAUGGAAGAAGAGCCGAACAAGAACUAUUUCUCGCCAUGGUGUGUGAUACCAAUGGCGUUCAAUGCUGUUUUGGAACUAAUAAGGAGCUUUACCAUUGCCCGCAAACAUGGAGCUCACUAUAGAGAAGGAUGGUUUCUGUUUGGAUUCAGAUUAUUUGGUUUGGUGCUACCUGGCUUAUCUGCUCAUGCUACACAAGAUUAUAUUAAUUCCACUCUUCUCGGAUCAAUUGAAAAGCACUUUAAAGCAGAUUGAUGGAUGCGUCCAUGCAAGUCACUUACUACAACUAUUUCCUUAAUAAGCUACCCAGCCUUAAAGUCUGUUUCAUUUGCUGCAUGGUUUAUCAUUAAUGAGGCUAAUGCCAAGUUCUCCAUUUCA